AUCGGUGUGUUAACAGUCCGCUGGCUGUCAUUUGAUUUCGACAUUCACGCACCGUCCGCGUUUGCAACACCACGCAACAUAGCUGUGGUAAACGGUUUUUUCGCGCCAUAAACUGUUAAUAUUGUUUUAUUUGUGUGUUUAAUUGUGUUUUUGUGCAAGGAUUUUUCUCUUAAGGUUCACACGAUGCCUCAAACGGCGGAACCAAACCCCUAGUUGAGAACAAUGUGUACACCGGCGGGAAACUGAUAGGCACAACACAUGACCUCCGAAACAGAACGAGAGGAAAUGCAAACUGUAAUCACGUACACUACACCUGACUUAGACCAGGCGGAGAGCAAACUAGACUACGACUUUUGUCCGAGCAAUGAAAGACUGACUCCGGAAAUCGAAGAGAAAAUCAACAUCGAAGACGACAAAGACGAGGAACUAAUCAUAGACGACAGCGACUCGCAAGAGAGAACGAACAAUAAUGAAGUAACGGAAACUCAAAGGGAGGAAGCUCAUGAACCGUCCUGGCAUCCGCACGUCUACGGGAAACCACCGAAGAAACCCACACCGCACACUAUCGAGUAUAUAUUAGGCUUGCAGGACCAAGAGAAACACGUUACACAAUUGAUUAACGUUAAAAGGAAUUUUGAAACGAAAUCAGCGAAAAACAUUCAAAUACAGACUGACGAGAGACGUUUUAAUGUGCACAAGAAUAAGUUACACGAGCAACUCCUGCAGAGGAGUGUCAGGACUAGUGAGAGUGAGUUAGACGGGAAAGUGUUCGCCUAUAGGAGCGAGGAGCCAUUGAACUUGUCCGUGAAGCCCAAGGACUGGAGUGGAGAUGACGAGAAAACCUAUAAAGAUUCAUCAAAGCUGAUAAAAAGGAAGAAGUCAACUGAUGAUGUGCGUUCUCCCCUCGGAGGUGAGGGCUCGCUCACCAGCGAGGAGGGCGAAGAUCAAGUCGGGAGACGGAAGAAAGCUCGCACAACCUUCACCGGACGACAGAUCUUCGAAUUGGAGAAGCUGUUUGAAGUGAAGAAGUAUUUGUCUUCAGGCGAGAGAGCUGACAUGGCGAAACUUUUAAAUGUUACCGAAACCCAGGUCAAGAUCUGGUUCCAGAACAGAAGAACGAAAUGGAAGAAGAAAGACAACGUAACGAACGCCGAAGUCGCCGAAAUAAAACAGCAGAACAAACCAGACGACAGAAAGACGGAGGAGAAAGACGCCGCCGCCGUCGACAUGUCCAAAAAGACUUGCGCGAAACUCACCGAGAAACUCAAGAGCAUCAAAACAGUGGAAGUGAGGCCGAGGAAAGCGGAAAAGGGUGUGCUAUUAGAAACAUUAUGUGAUAACGAUAUCGAGAGUAGAAUAACGAUAACUAAAAUAACGAAUAAAUUAUCGAGCACUGACCUCUCGGGCGGAGGGGGCGUCUCCGUGAAGAGCUUUAGCCCCGACGAGGUCAGUGAGAUGAGCUUCGACAGCAUCAGUCGAGACGUCGAGAUGUAGUCGUGACUCGGGAUGUCCGGUGUGCUUAGAGCGAGCUUUUUAACGUUCUCUUUUUUUCCUGCCUAUUCUGAUAGCCUUGAGAGGCUAUUUCAGCUUCACCCUAACAUGUAGGUGAGCUCACGGG